GUGGGGUGAUAAGUGGAGAGACUGGUGGAGUUGAUUGAUGGAGAGACAGUUGGACUACUGACUGAUUGACAGAAUGUCUGUUUUAGUGACUGCUGGAGUUAGAGGACUGACUGACUAAAUAAACGACAGACAGACAUUCAGAGAGGCAGAGAGAAACAGACGGAGAGACAGACGGACAGGCAAGCAGACUAAUGGACAGAGAUCAAUAAAGACGGAUUGACAGACAGACUGAUUACUUACUGACUCCCUGAUGGAAUUCCAGACUGAGUAAUUCACAGCCAAUCAGAAGACAGCACACAGCUCUCAGCCAAUCAGAAGAGUCUGUACAGUUGGGUGGGACUGUACGUUAAUACAGCACUGUAUAGAGUGAUGAAGGCGAGACAUUUUCACCCUCGGUGUGAACGUUAAAAAGGAAGUGAAAGUUUUUGUGGUGUUUUUAACUAGAAUCUAUUAUUAAAAGGUGUUAAUUCUACGUGUUUGUGUCACAAUCAUUCUGUCUGUAUUACAAACACCAGCGUGACUUAAUGCUCUUAUUAGUUUUCAUGAGUCCUGUUGGGUUUCAGAGGUCAGAUGGUGAACAGCCCUGAGAGAGAAACGUCUCACAUUGUGUUUGUUUUUAUUAUCUCAGAUUAGAAGAAAGAGGAAGGAAAGAGGGACGAGGCGCUCUCCCCUCAUCUCUACUUCAGCUCACACAACUUCCUGAUUCUCUUUCAAAUGAGACGAAACUGAACCAUAAGACGUGUCUGGUUGUGCGUGUGUGAAACGCAAGACUGAUUUGUGGUGCUAUAUAUGAGCCAUAUCAGCAGAACUUCAAAAAAAACAUAUUAACAGCUGGACAUGGACAGACAGACAGACAGACAGACGGACAGGAAGAUAGAAAGAUAAAGGGAAUAGCAGAUAAGCAGAUGGACAAAAAGGUGGCAGAAAAGACGGACAGACCGAUGGACAGAGACGUAUGGCUUUGCAGGCUGAGAGACGAAUGGAUGGACAGACUGGCGUAGACACACACAUAGAGGGGAACGAUGCACACAGACAGAAGGACUGACAGACAGGUAGAUGGAUCGGCAGAUGGAGAGAAAAACGGACCGUUGUAGGGAAUGACGGACAGACAGACAGAUAACAUCAUCAUGUUACAGAAAAUAAAGAGACAUACAAAUCUAAAUACAUAUUUACGUCAACACUGAAACAUUUUUCAGGAGAAAACUAAGAUAAAAGAUGAAAAAAGGAAUGGAGACGUCUCACACUUUCUGCUUUGCUACGAUUCGACUUCUGCAGUGAAAUAUGGAUAACGACGGUUACGUCCUCAGUAUCCCCGUCCCGAUGCUGCAGCGUGGCGUUUCCGACUCGAACCUUUACUCCUUGAAAGACCUCGAGCAGAAGAUCCUGAAGGCGAAGGAGCAGCUGAGGGUGGAGCGGAUAGAGCAGGACGACAACGUGGCCGAGUUCCUCAAGCUGGUGAACAUCGCGGAUAAGCAGCAGGUGGCGAGAAUCCGGCAUGUGUUUGAGAAGAAGAACCAGAAAACGACGCAAAACAUCAACCAGUUACAGAAGAAGCUAGAGCAGUACUACAAACGCAUGAAGGAGAGCGAGAACAACAACAACAACAUCGGUUCCUCCAAGAACAGCAGCCCUAAAGAUGCAGCUAAAGAUCAGGUUUCCAAGGUCUCACCGAGCCUGGAGAGAUUAAAACCCAGCGCUCCCAUGGUGCUACUCACACCACCAUCCUUCUUCAACAAGCCGAGAGAGUUUGCAAACCUCAUCCGGAACAAAUUCGGCAGCGCGGACAACAUCGCUCAGCUCAAGACCUCUCUGGAAGAAGGUGGAGGCCGUGUGCUGAGCGGGAGCACCAGCCUUGUCAGCCAGUCGAAGUUCCGCAGCGGCAUCGAUGAUGACCAGUUCUCCAUGGGAACCACGGCUUCGGAGGACAGUAACGGAAAUCCUGAAGUCCAGAAAUAUGACCAAAACGACAUCAACAUGGUGCUGGGGGAACUCCAGGAGAUUCGUCAGUCCCAAAUCCAACUCGCUGAAGACAUGGAGGUUCUGAAGGUGAACCUGAGUGAAGACGACACCUUCCUCACACAGAGGCUCGAGGAGGAGAGAGACAGGAUGGAGCGUCUGGAGGAGCAGCUCAACGAUCUGGUUGAACUUCACCAGCAUGAGAUGGCGAAUCUGAAGCAGGAGUUAGCUAGCAUCGAGGAGAAAGUGGCUUAUCAGGCUAACGAGAGAGCCAGAGACCUGCAGGAGGUGCUGGACUCGUGUAACUCUCGCCUGUGUAAGUUGGAGCAGCAGGUACAGGUGGUGCAGGUGGAGACUGAAGGUGUGUUUAGCCGUAACCUGCUUGUUAAAAUCAUUAACGUGCUGCUGGCCGUCGUCACGCUGCUGCUGGUGUGUGUUUCCACGGUGACACGGUGCAUCAUGACCGGCGUGCGGAGCCGUUAUCACCUGGUGGGGGCGGUGUUGGGCGCGGUGCUGAUCGCUCUGGUCUGGAGGAGUAACGAGAGACUGAACACUAACAAAGAAAUGCAUCAGACAAACACCGGACUCUGAUCCAAACACCUCAGUGGAGAACCCGAACCCGGACCCGGACCUGGAACCCGACCCUGAACCCGAACCCGGACCCUGCACUUUGACACUGGUCUCUAAAGGUGUAUCCGGUCUGAAUCAGAGUGAAAUCGAUUCUUUUGAUUGAUUUCAUUCUAUUUGAUGUAGUCUGGGUUCACACUGCACAAGGACAAAAAUAAUAUACUUUGUAUUGGUCCAAAAUGUAAACAGCUUUUACUGAAUGUGAGUACAGAUUUUUAAGACAAAUCAGCUUCAUGUCUGUCUUUCGUCCUCAUAAAAUUGAGGCAGGAAACACACCGGGUUCAGCUCACACACACUAAACACCGUGUAUGUGAAAGCACACUAACUCUCAUCACAAACACUGGCUGUAAACUGUAAUCUGAACCUGAACGCUGCAAAGGGAGGAAUCUUUCACUCAGUCUUUCAAUCACAAUUUCUAUAUUAUUUGUUGUGUGAAAACAGAAUUGUUCAUUUUUUAAUUGCUUUAGUUUUUUUUCUCAGUACGUUUUAUUCCUUAUAAAUCUGUAAACCAGGGUGCCAAUAUUUACCGGUUAGAUUUAUGAUUUUUCACUCGGACACACUCCUCUGCUUUUUCCGCUGAAACAUCCGUCAGGACGAACCUCACUCCCUGCUGGUGUCCGAGCGGAUCAACCCCACGGGGAGAACACAGGAAGUCACAUAGACACAGUUGUGCUUGUUUUUCCUUUGCACCAAAUUUAUCUAUGUGACCUUUGACCUGUGAACCUCAAACAACCAUGAUAGAAAAAAAAUAAAAAUGAGGGUUAAGCAUUUCUUCCUAAAUAUACCAGUUUUCAGUAAUAAAAGUUCACAUUUUCGGUGUUCUUAUGUCAUCAUUAUUUUUUUUUAUAUGCAAUAAGUAUUUUGUGUAAAAGUAUUUUUGUAGAUUUAUUUUAAGUUUUUUUUUCACCAGUUAUAAAAGAGAAAGUUUUGAGGUUUACAUCAUACUAUUAGAUUUUAUGUUAUUGUGCAAUAUAUAGUGUAAAUAAAUCAUGUCUGCUCUUAGCCUGGAGCUGUUCUUUAUAAAA